AUGGCGCGACAGACUGAGUUAAUGCGAAAAGAAAAGAAUCGGCUAGCGCAACAAAAGCAUCGCAGGAAGAAGCUCGAAGAGCAGAAGUCGAUAAAGAAAAAGAUCGAGCAGCUCGAGUCUACCCUGAGUUCUAUAAGUGAUGCCGUCUUCCGCAACGACAUGUCAGCCCUGUACUCCAUACUAUAUAAUAUCCCUAUGGCCCAAAGGACACCUGCAAUGUUAAUGUCAGGCCUCCUCCAAAACGACCCUUUCAUAAGUAGCACUGUCGACGUGCCAACAAUGGCACUUUCUACGCUCUCCGAUAACACCGAGCUCGGUGUCUUGGAUUUCGAUCUCAACUUGGACGAGGAUACCCAAAGGAUAUAUGACGAGAUCAGCACCAGUAUUCUGGACACGGAUAUAGAUCUAGGGACGAAGGAAGACCACGGCAUCAUGGAUCUCAUAGGCCCUCAUGCUAUGCUCAGCCCUAUAUCUAUUAAUCCUACUGCUCUCGAUUGGAUGGCGCCUACAUUAUAG